AUGGAGCCUCAGUAUCUUGAUGCAUUGGUUGUUGGUGCCGGUUUUGGCGGCAUCUACCAGGUAAAGAAGCUCAUCGACCAGAAUCUGAAAGUCAAGGGCAUUGAUAUGGCAGGUGACUUUGGAGGCACUUGGUACUGGAAUCGCUACCCCGGCGCAUUGUCUGACACCCAGUCAUUCCUCUACCGAUACUCGUGGGAUCCAGAGGAUCUCAAGUCGUAUCCGUGGAAAGAGAAUUACCUUCAAGGCCCUGAAAUCUUGGCUUAUCUCAAGCAUGUGGCCAAAAAGUACGAUCUUGGAAAACACUUCCAGUUCAAUACCGAGCUCCUAUCCGCAAAUUGGGCAGAGGAAGAGCGAAGAUGGGUUGUUACUUUGUCGACGGCCGAGACCCUCAAGGUUAAGUACCUCAUCACGGGACUUGGGCUUCUCUCAAAGACCAACUUCCCCAAGAUUCCCAACAUGGAAAGCUUCAAGGGCGAGCUCUACCACACAGCCAGGUGGCCCGAUGACGUCGAUCUUAGGGGGAAACGAGUCGGCGUCAUUGGGAACGGCUCCACUGGCAUCCAGGUCAUCACGGCAAUCGCAAAAUCCAACAAGGUCAAGCAGCUGUUCUCGUUCCAACGCAACCCCCAGUACAGUGUCCCUGCUGGAAAUGGCCCGGUCUCGGCCGAGAGUCGCAAGAAACUGAACGAGUCGUACGGCCAGGUCUGGGACCAGGCAAAGGACAGCUUGUUUGCCUACGGGUUCCAAGAGAGCACUCGGCCCACCUUCAGCGUCACCCCAGAGGAGCGUGAGCAGAUCUUUGAAGACGCUUGGCAAAAGGGCAACGGUUUUCGCUUCAUGUUCUGGACCUUUGGUGAUAUCACUAUCAACGAGGAGGCAAACAAGGCUGCCGCCGAGUUCAUCAAGAGAAAGAUCUGCCAGAUAGUCAAGGAUCCAGAGAAAGCCCGCAAGCUCUGUCCCAGAGAAUUCUAUGCCCGGAGGCCGUUGUGUGACACUGGGUACUAUGAGCAGUUUAACCGCGACAACGUUGACGUGGUUGAUAUCAAGACGAACCCCAUCACCGAGUUCACACUCAACGGCCUCAAGACUGCCGAAGGCAAGAUUUACGAGCUCGACGUCGUCAUCUGCGCAACCGGCUUCGAUGCUGUCGAUGGCAGCUACACACGCAUCGCGAUCCAGGGACGAGGCGGUGAGACGCUGAAGGAUCGCUGGUCAAAGAAGGGGCCAACAUCGUACCUGGGAAUCUGCGUACCAAACUUUCCCAACCUGUUCAUGAUCUGUGGUCCAAAUGGUCCAUUCUCAAACCUCCCACCGGCAAUCGAGACUCACGUUGAGCUCAUCUCCGAUCUGAUUGCCACAGCAGAGAAGGGCCCACUCCAUGGCGUAAUCGAAGCCGAAACUCAGGCAGAAGAGAAGUGGACGGAUCUAUGCGACCGAUUGAGUUCCAAGAGCCUGUUCCGCAGGAUCGAAACCUCCUGGAUCUUUGGUGGUAACGUGCCAGGAAAGAGGGCGGUUCCCAUGUUCUACUUUGCUGGCCUAGGGCCCUACAGGAGGACAGUGAGGGAGAUAUACGAAGAUGGUCUGAGGGGUUUCAGGAAGUUUGAUACACAGCCCGGGCGCGCUGUCUUGUAA